UUUCCUGUCAUCAUGCAUGGGAUCACCCAUUCUUCGUUCCAUAUCUGACCUAUGGAACGUCAUGAUUUUGUCUGGUUCAGUAACUGAUACUGCCAGCUCGAGAAGACGGAGAGCACUCGGAGAGGAUAAUAUAUGGGAGAUGACGGACUACAGGAGAGGACCGUGAAAACUCCCUCACAGCUGCAGCAUGGAAAAUAGGUCUUGGGUUUGUCUUGGACGUAACGACCCACAAGUCAUUUAUUGUUUUUAUUCUCAUCAUGACCGUGACGUCGACCCGUACUUCAGCCGGGGUGUGUUGCAGACUUAUUCACAAUCGUAAUGCAAGGUGUCGCCGGCACCAGGCAGACACAAAAUGCCCUGCGAAAGAACUGUGUUUGAGACAUGCUACGCCUAUCGACACCUCACCUGUGGUCACGAUUCGGGUUUGAGCUCGCGGUUUGGUCUGGAAUUACUCCACGAACGUCAUCAUCAACAGGUUUCAUCGUCGCGUUUAUCUCUGUCAGCCGCCGUUCUGCAAAGGUAUAAGAACCCAUCACUGUCAUUACAGUCCUUACCCACAUCUCUUCCUGCUUUCUAUCUAUCAGAUCACUUUAGCGCUCCAUUUCACGAUUUUCACGAACCUUUAUACAAUAUCCUUACAAUGCGCUUCCUAUCCCUUUAUAUUGUCUUUGUCUCGUUCUCACUCGCUCUCUUGCUUUCGGGGGGCGUCCAUGGCAUACCUGUCAGUGUCUCCAAUCCCAAUGCAUCACCACGUCAUGCGGAGGUGCAUAGGAGCGACGACAUCACCGGCGGCCUCUUGUCUGAUUUGCUUAAGGCCGUGACGGCCCUUCUUGGCUCACUCCCGGGCCCAGCCGCGCAAACACUGGCAGCACCGGCCAUAAUCAACCCCGUACAGAAUCUGACCUCUAGCUUGCCCCUUCCCGGGCUGCCAGUUCUAUUGGGCGCAGUAGAAGCGGCUGACUUUGGCAGUUCCUACUCCUCUUCGUCGACUGUUCAGGCAAGCUCGACUGCCUCCCCUUCUCAGGCAUCAUCCGCCGCCGCCUCUGCGUCGGCUGUUCAUCAGCAGGCUGAUGUGCACCCGGGUCGUGGACGCCAUGUUCACCGUCGUGAUACAACCUCAGCACCUGCAUCAUUGUCUUCAGGCUCGGUGUAUGCUUCAUCGACCAGCGCUUCCGGCUCGGUGCCUGUCUCGCCAGCAAUUGCCCCGUCAGCCAUUGCCUCAGCCAAGCCUGCUCUUGCUGUGGUAACACCAAUUCCUUCUCUCCCUGUAUCGCCGCCCGUCCCAACUCUUCCAGCACCGCUACCCGCCGCAAUUCCUCCUCUUCCAGUAUCUCCUCCCGCCGCAAUUCCUCCCAUUCCAGUAUCUCUUCCCGCCGCACUUCCUUCUCUCCCAGCAUCUCUUCCCGCCGCCAUCCCGGUCCUCGCCGCAUCUGGCAUGCCCACUGCCUCUGGUACAACCAAAGGCAAGAGGACCCGCAGGAACACCCACCACAGGUAAUAGCACAUCUUCCAUAACUGCAUAGCUGGCCUCCGCUGAAGGGACGUCAUCACGUUGAGUGAAUUGUGGGUCCGCUCCGUGUUGAAAUAGUUUACCUCGCGUUGUAGUGCCGUUAUGUUAUUUUGGUUGAUCUUCAUGCAUAUUAAUGAUUUGCGCCUGCCAUCUCCAUUUGAACCUUGAACAAACUGUCCUCAGAUCUUCCCCGGCG